AUGGGGAGGAUCCAACGAAUUGCAAAUGGUGUAAAUGGAACACAGCCUCUGACAAUUGAAGAAAGAAGAAAGGCAGAAAAACCUAUUGUUAUGCUUACCCAACGCGAGGCAUUUCCAGACACAUUCAGUGCCCUCGAUGCAGCUACCACGUUACUUAAGACGCACCAGCUUUACCCCCUAGAUCUGGUUCUUGAAGAUGAUCUUCUUCGAGACGGCGGCCGAUUACGGAAAGCAGCUUUUCCAACGCCAUUCAAACAUCAAGCCAUCCUACCAAAGAAUCGUCAUGUCAAGCGACUGAUUCUUGAUUAUGCUCACACGGACUCCCAACACCAGGGCAGAGGUAUGACUCUCAACAAGCUUCAUUCCCUUGGUUUUUGGAUUGUAGGUGGCAGCAAGGUCAUCGCAAAAUUCAUUGGUCAGUGUGUUACUUGCAGAAAAUUGAGGAGACUGACCGAGUCCCAGAAAAUAGCAGAUUUACCCAAAGAUCGCGUAGAACCAACGCCACCCUUCACCUACUGCGGUAUAGACUGUUUUGAGCCUUUUCUCGUUAAGCAGGGACGCAAAGAAAUGAAAAGGUAUGGACUUUUGAUAACUUGUAUGUGUUCACGUGCAAUCCACAUCGAGUUGUUAGAUGAUAUGUCAACUGAUUCUUUCAUCAAAGCUUUACGGUGUUUCAUUGUGACUCGUGGUGCUGUUAGACAGAUCUGUUCAGACCAAGGUUCCAACUUCAUUGGUGCGAUUAACGAAUUUCAACAUCGAGUGGACAGCAACAAGUUAGCAACGUUUCUAACCAAAAGACAAUGUAAAUUCAUUCUUAAUGCGCCCCAUGCAAGCCACACUGGAGGAGUGUGGGAGAGGCAAAUAAGAACUGUGAGGGAAAUUCUUAAUUCCGUGCUUCAAUUGUGCCCAGGUAGAAUGGACGAUUCAUCUCUCAGGACUGUUUUCUACGAGGUCAUGUCAAUCGGCAAUAGCCGACCAUUAACAGUGAGUGAAAUCAAUGAUCCGAAAACCCUUGAACCGCUCACUCCAAACCACAUUUUGACCGCCAAGGCUGAUAUACUGUUUCCUCCUCCAGGUAAUUUCGUCAGGGAAGAUCUCUUUCUACAAAAGCGCGUCCAAUAUUUGCUAGAACAGUUUUGGUCUAGGUGGAAAAAGGAAUACAUCAGUCAAAUUUCUCUGCGACAGAAGUGGCAUGAACCUCGUCAUAAUAUGCGGAAAGGAGAUGUUGUUUUGAUCAAAGAUAUAGAACUUCCUCGAAACCAGUGGCCUCUGGCUCGAGUAGUGGAAGCCAAUGCAGACGAUGAUGGACUUGUGAGAAGAGUUAAAGUCAGAACGGGUUGUUCUGGAACUUUGGGAUCUUCUAUUCUUGAGCGAAAUGUACAAAAACUAGUAUUAUUGGUUGAAAAUUUAAGUGUUUACAUGUGUACAUACAUUACAGUGACAUUACUACAAUGA